GGUACGGGAGCGAGAGAGACCGGCCGUCGGGCCCUCCGGCUCGGAAUCGGUCUGCAGAAUCCAGUCUCAGUGCGACUCCGGUGCGACAUCUAGCGGUAGGAGCCCGCCGCCGCCCCACGCAGCGCGGCUCUGGCCGGCGUGGUUCUGACUGCUCUCCACGGAGCGAGUGGCGGCAGUGUUUCUCUGCCCACCGUGCCGCCGCCGCCUCCGAGAGUCGCGAGUCCUUGCUGCCCUUACCCGCCUUGCCGAGGACGAGGGCGGUGCAGCGGCCGAGGUCCUGCUCCUGGUCCCGCCCCCCGUGCGCGUGGACGCCAUCCCCGUCAACCCCGAAGACGACUCCGCACAACCACCACCACCGCUGCGGUCUGGAGGCGAGCCUGGAGAUGCUGCGUUCCACGGGUUCCACGGCGGUCGCCGUCCUCGUCGCGGUCCUGCUGGCGGCCUCGGUGCAGGGCGUCCCGGAGCAGCAGGCGCCGAGCCCCGCAGGAAAAGCGCCGUUCUCGUUCGGCCCCACCUACGACGAGAUCGUGGUGGAGACCCAGCUGGCCGUGCGGCCCAAGGUGUCGAGCGCGGGGCUGAGCCUGCGGUCGGGGCGCGCCAAGGCGCCCAAGGCCGUGUACUUCCGGCCCAACGCCACGGCCUCGGGCGCCGAGGUCCGUCACAUCACCCCCCUCGUGGCCUCGGCCUCGACGACCACCCCCAGCGACGGCAUCUCCUUCGCGGCGCGCGUCGUGAGCGAGGAGAACCCGCUGGCGGUGGAGCGCGCCAGGAAAGCGGCGGCGGCGGCCCGCGCGCGGAGGGAGUCCAACAAGUCCACGUCGAGCUUCAGCAGCAGCAGCCACAGCUUCCGGUCCAGCAGCAGCGGCGGCGGCUCCGGCCCCGCGGGCGCGGCCAGCUCGGCCCCAGCGCCCCCGGCGGCACCGCCCAGCACCAGCAGCCACAGCAGUGGCAGCUCCAGCCGCACCUACACGCGGCAGCUGGCCGACGGCCGCACCGUCACUGUCACCGAGACCGACGAGUUCCACGCCUCCCUGGGCCCCGACACCAAGGCCCCCACCGCAUCCAGGCUGCUCACCGUGCUUGUGGGCAGCCAGUGAGCAUGCCGUCGGGCCGAGCCUACGAGGCAGGCAGGCCCGCCGAGCCGUGGUGCGAUGCUUGGCUGCCUGUCCACUUGUGUACAUUUCAAAUCUAUUUAAGAAUGCUGUUAAAAUAAAGUUGUUGUUCCCUCUGUCCUUG